AACCUGAUCUGUACGGCAGUUCAUGUAAGUGGAUAAAGUGAAUGGCAAACAAUAUAAUAAUAAUUUAAGGGGAAUUUCGGCCAAGUUAAGCCACUCUUCUACAAAUAUACUGUAUACAUAUUUUUAAGUGUGAUUUAACGAGCAUAUGUCGUAAUUAUGAUACCAAUGCAAUUAGUUUUGGGUAUCGGCUGCGUAAUUGUGGCUGCAGUCGCUGCAAUUUAUUUUAGUCAACCGGUGAAUCAACGACCUCACUCGAGUGGAGGAUGCAGAAUAGAUGAUAAUAACGAUCGCAGCUUCAAUAAUAGCAAAAAGCGAAAAUUUCGUGAAAACAAGCCUGGCGACAAGUGUCUUAUCUGCCAUGAAGAAAUGACCGAAGAGUCGAUGCAUAAAAUGCGUUGUGGUCAUGCGCUGUGCAAGCUUCCUUGCUUUCGUGAGUAUCGCGAAUGGCGUCGCAAUUGCCCAUAUUGCGAACAAAUCGUGAUACGCAUCGAUCAGCCUGGCGACGCUUGCUCGAUCUGUUGUGAGCCCAUGGAAGUGCAGAAUAUGGAGUACCUUCGCUGCGAGCAUGCGCUUCACACACUAUGCCUGCAGGAGUACAAGAAAAACAAUUAUAAGACUUGUCCCAUUUGCAUGCGUAACAUGUGAGCGCCUUAGUAUGCGUCUCGAGCUGAAUGCAUGCAGUGUAAACUAGAGCAAUAUGAAAUGCAGCUGAUAAUGGCACAAACAUAGUUAUAGAAUCUAUAAUAUAGAUAUAUAUGUAUAUACAUAUAUGAUAACCUUGUCCGCAUGAGCGUUUGUAGAAAUCAAAGCAAUUAUAUUGCAAUACAUGAUCAAUUGUUUUGAUUGCAAAACUAAUGUCCAUCUUAAUAAAUUAAUUUAAUAUACAGAAAUCUAUUAGAAUGCUAAAAUUUGAUAAAUUUGUAAACGAUUAGUAUGCUAGCAAUUAAUUAAGUGUUAAAGUGUCUACAUUGAUUCUACCGAUAGUGUCAUAUCAAUGGCUUGCGCGAGUAAUUCAAGCGUUAAUAAUAUAACAAUAACAUUUUAACACAUCCAUAUAAUAAUGGCAUUGAUGGCAGAUUAAUUUAAGUGCCUUCUUGUACUGUUCAGAAAAGUUUUAUUAAAAGCUUUCUCGAUUUGUAAA